AUGGAAUCCAAAUUCCACUCUGUGAAGAAUUGCACUCGCCAAGAGAGACCCAAAGUCAAAUGGAUGGAAGCGGCCUACUUUGUGGAUGGACAAGAGAAGGGGACACUUGAGCAAGAGCAGGCUCCGACAGGAGAUGGCCAACCAGCUCCAGCUCCUGCCCCAGUGGCAGCACCACCGUCACCAAGAGUGACACCUGCCGGAGAUUGUCACCAAUCAGUUAGAAGAUCAAUAAGGCAAAGACAACAACCAGAGCGAGUCAUCGAAGUCAUGACCGCUGAGCUCGCCAAUCUGGACAUACCUUUUGAACUCUUUGAAAUGGAAACAAUGUUUCCCAAUGCAGUGGAACCUCAUGAUUUCCUUGCAAUGAAGGCAUCAACUGAUCUAGACACAAUGUAUCUGCACCAGGCAAUGAAGCAACCUGAUCGGAAGGAGUUUCAAAAGGCAAUGAAGGAGAUGAUCAAUCAGAUGGAUCAAAAGGUUAUCGAACGCAUCCAAAAGAAGGACUUACCAAAAGGAGCGACUUUGCUACCUGCGGUAUGGCAGAUGAAGCGCAAGCGCAAUAUCAAAACUGGAAAAGUAAAGAAAUGGAAGGCUUGGUUAAAUAUUGAUGGAUCCAGGAUGGUAAAGCAUUGCAAUUACGAUCUUACCUAUGCUCCUGUAGCAAGCUGGGGAAUCAUCAAGCUCCUCUUGGCACUUGCUCUCACACUUGGAUGGCACACAGUACAGCUCGAUUAUGUACUGGCAUUCACCCAAUCACCAGUUGAGAGGGAGCUGUACAUGCAGAUUCCAAAAGGGAUAGACCUUGAUGGAGCAGACCUGGCUGAUUAUUGUUUCAAAGUGAGACGCAACACAUGCGGCCAAAAACAAGCUGGACGUGUCUAG